GACAAGACCCAUCAUCAUCAUCUCCCUGCUCUCCUCUCACGGUAACCGGGACGCAGGCAAGGCAAAGCUCCGGUAACGGUAACGGAUUUAUUCGCUGAAUGCUCUCCGGGGAUGAUGGCACCUCGUGACGUCAGACAACGGUUGUCUAAAUUAGCCCAAAAGAACGGAAAGCGGUGUGUUCGUGUGGCGGGAAACUGAGCUGUGAUUGUUGUGUUGUGUUAGCCGUUAGCCGCUGAAGCUAACGAGCUGUUAACGGUUAACGGGAGGAGACAGCUCACCGGGGAAAUGUUCCGGUAAAUCUACCGGGACUCACAUGAUGGACGGAGGGAAACGGAGCCGUUAAAAGAGUGUUAGCCGGCACCAGGCCUCAGCUGUUGUUGUUUCUCUCAGGAAGUAACUAAGUACUGAAGUACCAUUUACAGGUACUUCUACUCCACUACAGUUCAAAGAGAGCUGGAGACCGGAGGCGGGGCCUAAGGGAAAACUCAACCGCGCAUGCUCAGUGGGCCCACAUCCGGGUCCUUUCUGGAUCUACAGUCGCUCCAUUUCUGGCUUCAUGCAGCACUGAGCAGCUUCACAGGACUGAACGAGGCUGGGUCCAGUUCUCUUUUUACAGCCGUGAUGAGCACACUUCCACCCCUCCUCGUUUCCUUUCCUUCCCCCCUUCCUCCCUCACUGCAGCAGGAAUAAGGAGCUUUUUCAUCUUCAUUUUCUUCCAUGAUCACAAUGGCCCUGAACCCGCAGUUCCCAGAAAACUCCUAUAAAAUGACCGAGGAGGACGUGAAGAGGCUGAUAGAGCUCAGGGCGUCCAACGAGGCUCUGUUCACCGGGAAGAGGAACUCUGCCAAGUUAGCGUGGAGCACCAUCCUGAAGGGUCUCGGUCUGGAGGGGAAGCUGACGCCCGACCAGAUCGCCAAGAAGUGGGACAACCUGCGGACUAAAUACAAGGACCUGAAGCAGCCGUACCAGGGUCAGGACAGCCUCGGGGGGGCGGUGGAGUCGUGGCCGUGGUUCCACAUCAUGGACGAGGCGAUGCACGGACGCCUCUUCAACAGCAGCCUGGUGCUCAGCCUGGACGGGACCCACAGCCAGGACGGGACCCAGAGCCAGACCCAGAGCCAGACCCAGAGCCACAACCAGAACCAGAACCAGAGCCACAACCAGACCCAGACCCAGAGCCAAAGCCAAAGCCAAAGCCACAACCACAACCAGAGCCAGGAGAACACGGACAUCCUGGAGUUCCUCAUCAAGACGGAGAUGGAGGACACGGUGGCGCAGGAAGCAGCAGUGCAUGAUGGGACGCUGCACGGGGACGCUGCUCCCACUGAGGGGGUGCCGAUGGGCUGGAGGAGGAUGAGUGAGUGCUCUUACAAAAGUAAGGAGAUGGAAAAAGAUCCCAGAAUACAGAUCAUUUCAUUAAAGAGGGAAUUCAUACAUAUCAUCCAAUCAGAUCAAAGGGCCUUCAGGGGGGUUUCUAGAAAGAUCUAG